AUGUCUUCAGAAGAGCAGGAACUUCUAGCCAAGAUCAGCAGACUGGCUGGCAAGAUCAACCGCCACAAGAGCCAGCAGUCCGGCGCGCAGUCCCCGACAGCCCAUCAACCAGCUCACAGUUCGCACAACACCUAUCGAUCGAGCAGCCAUCACUAUCAUCCCUACCGCGGCGGCCGAUAUGGCCCUGCCCACCGAAAUCGAACACUGAACAGCGGCAGUCAUACGCCGACGGCAGAGGCACAACAGGCAUCCAACGCCGUCAUUUCCAACGCUUCAGGCUCGUGGGUCGCGACAACAAAUCGCCACAACAUGCAGCUUAUCAACUCGAAUGUGUUUGAGGAAAAGACCCAGAAGCGCACAGAGGCCAUCGAGGCCACCCGAAAACAGCAUCUCGCGUCCCAGAACGCACGCGAGGCCUCUCCGCUGACGUCUCACCUCCACCAGCGCCAAGGGCCCCGUGUCGCGGCUGGUUUCGCUCGUGCUAACCCACAGCCUAACCUCACCAACGCAGGUCAAGACCACGUCAUCGAUAUUCAAGGCAUCAGCUUCCGCGUUAUUUGCAACGGCAGCAAGCUCGUCAAAGUGGCCGGCACGUCGUCUCGCACCUCACCUCCCCACCUCGGACCUACCUGCUCACAUCUACCAGGCGACCUCCAUUCGGCCAGCGCCACACCCAAGGUUGCCGUUGUCGGCGGCGUUCAGUUCCGUCGCAGCAAGAAUGGCAACCUCUAUCGGCAGGGCGUGAUCAAACUCCAUCCACAUGCGGGCGUGAAAAAGGUCAACGUGCCUUGCCGCAUGUUUUCGUCGACUGGUUCCUGCCCCAAGGGCCCGAACUGUCGCUACAUCCACAACGCGUCCAAGGUGGCGGUGUGCCGCGACUUUCUCCAGAAGGGAAAGUGCGCCAACGGCGAGGAUUGCGACCUGUCUCAUGAUCUGUGCCCGCAGCGCACGCCGACGUGCCUGCACUUCAUCAAGGGCAACUGUGCGAACCAUGAGUGUCCGUAUGCUCACAAUAACGUGUCUCCAGGUGCGCUGGUAUGCCGGCCGUUUGGCCUCUACGGCUUCUGCGAGGCAGGACAAGAGUGCACCGAGAGGCACGUGUCCGAAUGUCCCGACUUUAGCAACACGGGGGUGUGCAAGACCAAGGGCUGCAAGCUGCUGCACCGCGAGAGGGCAAGCGUCCUGCGGAAGGCGGGCGAGCAGCAGGAAGAAGACGCCGACAUGUCGAGCGACGACGACGUGGCCGACAGCGACGAUGUCGACUCGGACGAGGUCGACGAGUUUCUCGGUGGCGACGGCGAGGUCGAUGACGCGGAGGUCAAGGCGCAGAGCGACUUUAUCUCCUUUUGA